AUGAUGGCAUCCUCUCAGCAGCAGCCCCCCUCUCCACCUCCUACGACUGCCGGACAGGGCCUUGAGGCGCCCACCUCUACUCCUACGGCCAACCCUACUCCUACGGUCGUCUCCAUCUCCGCACCCGCCGUCUCCAUGGACGAGUACAAGGUCGUGGGUGGCUUUUCCCUCCACAAAAGCGACAUCGUUGGUGUCGGCAUGUUUGGAGUCCUCGUCUGCUUGUUUGGCUUCGUGGGUGCCCUUGCUCAUGAGUCCUCGCUCGGAUGCCUCGCCGCUCUCAUCGGCAUGGGAAUCAUGGCCUCCUCCCAGCCUCUCUCGUCGCCUCCUCCCACCAUCAGCGGCCAAGCGUUGGUGGGACCAACGUCGACGCCUGCUUUGGGACCAGCACCCGGCCAGGUCGCUGCCAGCCCGGAGUAUAAGACCGUGUGUGCUGUCUCGUUCCACACCCGCGACAUGCUCGCGAUCGCCUACGUGGUCCUGCUCGUGUUCGUGUUCGCCUUUGUCCUUGCCCUGUCUCAAGGUUCGGCAGAGGGCAGCAAGGCGGCACUUAUUGGUGUCGCGAUGUCGUUCUUGUUCAUCGGCUACAUCCUGUCGCGUUAA